CUAAUUCCAACUCUAGAGAAAUGUAUCACUCAUUGAUUUUUUUUUUAAUUCUGAUUAAUUCCCAAAAUUGGUUUUUUGUCAGAAUAUAUCAAAUCACUCUUGCUUCUUCGAAAUGAACAACAACACCACCUCUUCUUCCAUCACCACCCAACACCAACAAAAUCCAAAACCAAAAACAAAAGGCCAAAGCAAUAACCUUUCUUCUUCCUUAUCAUUUCCUUUCCCUUACCAACCUGCAAAGAUCUUUGCUUUGUUUUCAUUUUUCACAACCCACUUUUUGUUUCCAAGCAAUACACCACACCAUCCCACAGCCUACUUUUUUUGCUGAAGAUUGAGACUAUUGUCUUUCUGACUGUAUAAUUGCAUAUCAAAUUGGGAACAAGUCCAUUAUGUCUGGGGGUGUUUUUUGAAAUGGUGAUGGUUCACCACCUAGAUUUGCACAGAGCCAUAUGCCGCGUGGAAGACUUCCUAUAAUGGACCUAAAAUCUGCUUAUGAUGUUGAGCAUAUGAGUUCUACAUCUAGAAUUCAGCAUGACCUGUGGCCGCUAGAUGAAAUUGAUCCAAAGAAGGCAAAGUUUCCUUGCUGCAUAGUUUGGACUCCACUCCCAGUUGUCUCAUGGUUGGCACCUUUCAUUGGACAUGUUGGCAUUUGCAGGGAGGAUGGAGCAAUUUUGGACUUUUCAGGGUCAAAUUUUGUGAAUGUUGAGGAUUUUGCUUUUGGUGCUGCAGCUCGGUACCUUCAACUUGAUAGAGAAAAGUGUUGCUUUCCCCCAAACCUGGCUGGGCACACAUGCAAGCAUGGCUACCAGCACACGGAGUUUGGGACUGCAGUCACAUGGGAUGAUGCCUUGCGGUCGAGUGUGCGUCACUUUGAGCACAAAAGCUACAACCUCUUCACAUGCAACUCUCACUCAUUUGUUGCCAAUUGCCUAAACCGACUCUGCUAUGGUGGAUCAAUGGAUUGGAACAUGGUAACUGUGGCAGCUUUAAUACUGUUUAAGGGGCACUGGGUUGAUACCAUGUCAUUAAUAAGAUCAUUCCUCCCUUUCACAGUGGUGCUCUGCCUGGGCUUAAUACUGAUUGGCUGGCCAUUCUUGGUUGGAUUAUUCUCAUUCUCUCUCCUCCUUAUGGGGUGGUUUCUGUUGGGCACUUAUUGUAUCAAAACCUUAUUGGAAUGCUAGAGCUUUUUUCCACUAACGUUGAAUUUUUGUUAGUUGAAAGAAGCACAGUUGGUACAGUUUGGUGUUUCUUCAAAAACUAUGUUUAUAAUACCUGACACAGAGUGGCAGUAGGUUUCAUGUGGAACCAGCAAAUGCCAAAAGAUAAGUUUAUCCCCUUCAUCAAGGACCUAAAUUGUAGAUUUGCUUCUUAAAGGGAAAGUGAACAUUUAAUUUAAUACUAGAAAUUUUUUUC